CGCCGGGCCCGGGAACCCAAGCCCAGUGUCAAAAUCCAGCAGACAAUAAAGUGACAUGUGUGGACACCACCUUGACUUCCUGCAAUGAUGUGUCUUACUCAAAAACUACUUACCCUAAUUUGCUGGACCAGAAAUCCAGAGAAGUAAUUGAGUACAGCUCUGAAUAUAUCUUGAUGAGUGUGCUCCAUAACUUGCUGCAGGGAGAAUGCAACCCGGAUCUGCGGCUUCUAAGUUGUUCUAUUAUGGCUCCAAAAUGUGAAGAGGGCAACAUCAUUAAGCCUUGUCGUAAGGUCUGUGAAGCCCUGAGAAAAAACUGCCUUCCUGCCUUUGAUGCAAUUGACAUGGCUUGGCCAUACUUCCUAGACUGCGAUCGGUUCUUUGUGGAUGAAGUAGAAGGAUGCUUUGAUCCAUUAGCAAAGCUGCGAGGUGAAACAGAAUUUUCUGAAGAUGUGCUCAAUGAGACACCAAAUUUUAUUCAGUUCGUCCAUCACUCAUUUCCCCAAAUGGUGAGAGUAUUGAAAAAGGUAGAAUCCAGAUGUUCCCAUAUUGCCAAACUGUACAGCAUUGGUCGCAGCUUUGAUGGAAAAGAUAUUUUUGUGAUUGAAUUUUCUACUAAUCCAGGACACCAUGGACUUCUUAAGCCAGAGUUCAAAUACAUUGGCAACAUGCAUGGAAAUGAAGUUGUGGGGAAGGAAUUACUUAUCUACCUUGCCCAAUAUCUGUGCUCUGAGUACCUUCUUGGAAAUCCCAGGAUCCAGGCUUUGAUCAACAACACUAGAAUUCACCUUCUUCCUUCCAUGAAUCCAGAUGGAUAUGAACUUGCAGCACAAGAGGGAGCUGGCUACAAUGGAUGGAUCAAUGGGAGGCAAACUGCUCAGAACCUUGAUCUUAACAGGAACUUUCCAGAUCUGACAUCUGAAGUUUACAGAAUAGCUAAGAUCAGAGGAGCACGCAUUGACCACCUUCCGAUUCCACAGUCUUAUUGGUGGGGUAAGGUAGCCCCUGAAACAAAAGCUGUCAUGAAGUGGAUCAGGUCCAUUCCAUUUGUCCUGUCAGCCAGUCUUCAUGGGGGUGAUUUGGUCGUUUCUUAUCCUUAUGAUUACUCAGUACAUCCCUUGGAAGAGAAAAUGUUCUCUCCUACCCCUGAUGAGAAGAUGUUCAAACUGCUAUCUAAAACCUACGCAGAUGCACACCCUGGCAUCUCAGACAGAUCAGAAAUGCGCUGUGGUGGAAAUUUUGUCAAACGAGGUGGCAUCAUUAAUGGUGCAGAGUGGUACAGCUUCGCUGGAGGAAUGGCAGAUUUUAAUUACCUUCAUACAAACUGUUUUGAAAUUACUUUGGAGCUCGGGUGUGAAAAGUUUCCUCUGGCUGAAGAAUUGUAUCCACUCUGGGAGCAGAACAAAGAGGCACUUCUGAAAUUCAUGGAAAUGACUCAUCGUGGAAUAAAGGGAAUUGUAUCUGAUAAAUUUGGAAACCCAAUUAAAAAUGCCCGAAUUUCAGUCAAAGGCAUCCGCCAUGAUAUUCUUGCAGCUGCUGAUGGAGACUACUGGAGACUCCUGCCUCCUGGUACAUACAUAGUCAGUGCCCAGGCUCGUGGCUACAGUAAGGUCCUGAAGAAGGUGACUUUACCUGCCAAGAUGAGCAAGGCUGGACGCGUGGACUUUGUCUUGCGACCCCUCAAUGGUAAGCCAGCUCAAUUUGCUCAUAAGUCCACCGGAAGAACAAAUGAGCGAUUUGACCCACUGGAACAUUUUGAGUCUCAUGCUGAGCCAGAACCAAAAGAAGAUGGGAGGCGAUCUGUCCAGCCACGAGAGAAACCUUGGUGGUGGUCUUACUUCAGUGCUCUAGAUCAACAAAAACCACUGUGGCUGCUAAAGUAUCAGUAAACUGCUGUAUGUUUCCCUCUUCACCUGAUCACACUAGCAAUUAAUUGCAGUUCCACUAUUAUUUUCAAUAGUAGUAGAAGCAUUUGAAUCUGAGUCUCCAGCUGAUAUACUACUGUCUUGCUUUGCUUUGUUGUGUUUUUUUCUCUGCAUAGAGAAAUAUUGUAUAUUAAAAUCAGUAUGUUCUAUGUAGAUGUUGUGUAGCUGUUGUUCCCCACUGCUGUGCUUCGCUCAUGCCAGUGUUGUUAAUCAUCAGAUGUAUUAUUUAUUAGGAACUAAAGUACCUGAAGAGAAAUCCUUCUGAUCCUUUAAUGCAUUUUCAUACAUGUCUUAACACAUUCAUUAUUGCAAGUGAAAACACCCUGUAGGAAAAACUGAAAAAGCCUUUUCUUCUAUAAACAUUACUUCUGCAUGACUUGGUGCAUUAAUUUCCCUAUUUGAAAUGGUUUAUUUAAAAACCAUCUCUUAAUACUGGACUGGUUUUCAUGCCAGAAGAAUGGUGAAAUAAGAGCUUUAAAUGUAAGUUACCAAUGGCUUGAACAGAUCAACUGUAUUUUAAAGAACUGAAGCGAAAUAUAUAUACCAGCUUUGUUGGGACUAGGAGAGGGAAGAAGUUGGUUGUCAUUGACCCAGGCUGGCGUGCUAGCCCUCUGCUCCAGACUGGACCAAUCACACUAGCCUGAAGCAAUGCCCUAAAGUGUUGUUUAGGCCCUCAACUAAAGAAAAUAUGAAUUCUAGGAGAAAAAGAGAAGGAGCAUGCUACAGACAUCAUUUUUGUAGGAUCUGAAAUCCUAUUUUGUAACUACAGAAGGCCAAGCGUGUGCAAGUCAGUUCAAAAAAGAAGACUGAUGUGUACAAAUCUGAGUAUAGUAAAAAGAAGAAAUCAACAGAUAAGGCAGCUCAGGCAGCUACUCACUGUCUUCAGAGCAAAAAUAUUGGUAAUGAUUGAAAAGCUUGCCACCAUAGCAACAAUGUCAGUGAAGUAUUUGAAUUAGAGCUAAUACCACUUACAUUAUUUCUAGUAUUUUUAUUCAUUUAAAUACUUUGUUGAAUAGGUGAGUAGUGUUAGUAUUCAGCAUAACUGGGACUACCUUUUCAAGUUCACAAUUAAGGUAAUGCAACAUUCACUAUCACCUCUCAGAAAGAAACAAAAAAUUUACUGGCACUAUUAAAUCUGGACCCAGAAGAAGCAACUUCUAUUUUAGAUGAAGACAAAGAUGAUGGAGAGAUACACCAAUACAAUGAGCCCUAUGGAUAGUUAAAAAAAUGAGGGAAGGAAGAAUCUCCAAGGAUUACCUCAAAAGAGGUCUCUCAGCCAGUACGAUCCAAUUAAUUAACUUAAUUAUUUUUAUGAUUAGCUAGAAGUUGUCUGUGUAUGGAAAAUGGAAUAUACUACAGAGCAUAUUAAGAUCUAGAGCACUAAAGUGUUUUGUCUUUCUGAUUCAUCUUCUACAGUAACAGAUGAAGGAAAUGAGAAAAAUAAAGAUGUACUUUGUACAUCUGAGGGCUUGUCUACAUGACUGGGCUGGAGUUAGGCUAAAUUGGGGCAUUAGGAGGUAGCAAUUAUAUCUAAUACACAUACCUAGUAUACUUCUCAUAAAGCUCUGGUCAAGAGCCUUCCUGCAACCUAACAUACAUACCAAAUACACUUUUCUCUUAAAUGUAUCAUUGAGAGCCUGCUCACAACCAAAUUGAACAGGUUUCAUCUGGACCGUUAGAAGAAAACAAAAAUCUUCCCUAGUGUCUCCUCACAUUUCUGAGAGGACGUUUUGUCUAUUUUAUAAACAUGAUGCAGAGCAUUUUUGCUGCCCAAUUGGAGUCUUUAGAAAACUCCUCUGUCCCUUCACCAAGAAUCAAAAUAAGUGUUCAAUUAGCCAAUAUCCUGAAGUGGCCUUCUUAUCAGGCCACUUCAUGUUAUUGAGACACCAAAAGUGAAGGAUGUUUCAUUUGUUCCCAGCAAUCAAAUGUGCUGGAGAUGAACCAAAAAGAGCCAUCCUACCUGCACCAAAAAAGUACAAACCCAGACAUGG